GCGCUGUGACAUGACAUCUUGACCUAACCUAAAUCCUCGCCGACUCGGAAAACUCCUUGUUUUUACGUUUUUCUAAUCAAUUUAAAAUUAGUGCGCUUCGUAAAUUUUUAAUUAUUUUCAUCGUUAAACUAUUGAGUAUAAAUUGAAUCAAGAUAAUUGAAGAAAAUUUUAUUACGACCAAUAAAAUACAUACGUGGUCAGUUUUUUUUGCAGUUUUCGUUUUGCAGUCUUAAUAAUCAAAGAGGAACUAAUAUUUUUAAUAAUAAUGUCGCUCUCAAAAUCUAGUAUUUUCACGUACGAAAAUUUAGUUCAUGCUAUUGCAGGAGCCGCGGGUGGUAUAUUUUCUAUGGUAUGCUUCUAUCCACUGGAAACUAUUAAAUUCAGAAUGCAGCUGGAAGAUGUUGCAUUGAAAGAUAAAACCACUCAGGAAGCUAUCAUUCAUAUAUUGAAAAAUGAAGGAGUUGAAGCUCUAUAUCGAGGUUGCCAGCCAUGUCUUAAUUCCAUAGCAGUUUCGAGUUUUGUAUUUUUCUAUUCAUUCCAUAGUUUAAAGUCCCUUAAAUUUGGGGAAUUGAAUAAUACAGCCCAGUUAGAUAUGUUGUUGAGCUGUUUAGCUGGUUUUGUGAAUAUUUGUACAACAACACCUUUAUGGGUUGUUAACAAUAGAUUGAAGUUGCAGAAACAGCUCUAUUACACAGGACUUCUAGAUGGAAUGUUUCAUAUAGCCAAAAAUGAGGGGAUCGGUGCAUUAUGGUCUAGUUUCAUACCAUCUCUUAUUUUACUUGUCAAUCCUGUGAUACAUUUUACUGUUUAUGAGUCUCUUAAGAGACAUGUGAGAACAGACUCUGCAUGGGCUUUCUUCCUCAUGGGAGCAGUGUCCAAGACAAUUGCUACUCUUGUGACUUACCCUCUUCAAGUUGUUCAAACUAAACAAAGAGCUGAGAGAAAUUUGGGUCCUGGAACAUUAGCUAUUCUUUUGUCUAUGAUUAAAAAGGAUGGUCCUAAAUCUCUUUACAGAGGCAUGGAAUCUAAAUUACUCCAAACUGUUCUUAUGGCAGCGUUAACAUUCAUGACAUAUGAGAAAAUUGUAAGAUUAAUUUUCACAAUUGUAAUGGCUAGUUCUAAGUACAAAAAGCAGAAGAGUUGAGCUCUUAUUUUAUUAGAUUUUGUAUUUUUGGUUUUGGUGAUUAUGGAAAAGGUCUUGGAUGUAAAGGAUCAAGUAUUUAGUUUGUAGCUCAAUUGUUAGAAUCAAUAACAGAGGCUUGUUCACUCAUAACUGGUGAGGCAGUCCCUCAAAAAAUAUUGUGUCACAAAUAUUUUCUUUGUAAUUAAUACACUUUCUCAAAUAUCGAUUUGACAACUUACAGGUAGUUGUUUAAAAAAUAAUCCACAGUUACAAAAGCUCAAAAUUUAUCAGGGGAGUCUGUGAGAUAGUCACUCCCUAUAUAACAAAAAUUGUACCUUGCCAGUUAUGAGUUAGGAUAAUGUAUUUCAUUUGUUCACCACAAAAAUUGCCAAUGAAUGACAAAUGAUGAUGAUGAUUUUGAUAAUGUAGGAAGUAGAUACAAUUUUUCCCUUUGAAUUCAAAUCUGCUGCUAUUGAAAAUCAUGUGUAUCUGGUGAUAUUAGAAAUAAGCAACUAGGGUAAUUCAUUUUCCAAUGUUGAAGAGAUCUUGUGAUUCUCAUAGUGCCGAAUCUCGUGAAGCCUUGUGAUUCUAGUUUGAUCUAAAUUUCUAACCCAAUAGUAGGGUUUUGAGCACCAUUUGGAUUUCAUUUUUGUGUAAAAUGGAUUCAUAUAUUAUUUAUUAUUUUAUUGCAAUACUUGUUAAUUGUUUGUCAAAAUAAAAAAUUUUUACUGA